GCGCCACUUGGUCGAAGAGAGGCUCAUCGGCACUGUGCGCGGUGGGUGAGCGCGUCUCCGCGGCCCGAACUCUCCAAGCGUCUUUUCGCGCGCCCGUCAUCGGACAACCGAGGAUACAAACACCGGCUCACAAGAGUACGACGCGCGGCGUACACAGCUACACUGAGGAUGAUGCGCCAUCGCCUCGUGUCGGUAUCCGUCGCUUCGCGCUCUUACUCCAGCUGGACGGCGCUCGCGCUCUGCCACGUGAUCGGCUUCGUCGGGCUGUGUGAGUGUCUGCGGCUGGUGCGGCUGGACAUGCCCAGCGCGGUGAUCAGGGGCGACCCCCUGUGGCUGAACUGCUCGUUCGACCUCGAGUCUGACGACCUGUACUCGGUCAAGUGGUACAAGAACCACCGCGAGUUCUUCCGGUUCCUUCCCAGCGAGAACCCGCCGGGUCAGGCCUACAGGCUGUCGGGAGUCUACGUAGACACGAGCCGGAGUUCUGUGGGGAGUCUGUACCUCAAGGAGACAGACUUGAAAUCAGAGGGCCUCUACGCUUGCGAGGUGUCGGCCGAUGCGCCUUCCUUCCAAACGGUGCGCUCCGAAAAAGAGCUCAAAGUGUACGUUCUACCCAAAAAGGGCCCCGAGAUCCGCGGCACCAAGCCCCAUUACAGGGUUGGUGAGUUGGUCAACGUGACCUGCCACGCGGGAGCAACGAAGCCGCCGGCGGUGCUCACGUGGUACAUUAACGGCGAAGAGGUUCCCCCGCAGUACGAAAAGAUGUACCCCAUCUUCCGUGACCGGGAUCAGCUGUUCCACUCUUCCCUGGGAAUCACCUUCACGGCCGAGCCACGCCACUUCAGCUACGGCAUUAUGAAACUCAAGUGCACUGCGACAGUUUCCGAGGCUUAUUCACUGUCUAGCGAGGAGAUUGUCGCAGCUGAAGACGCCAAGAACACGGGCACAGACGACGACAAGCCUUCCAUAACAGGUGGGCAGGCGAGCUACCACGUGGGCGACCUCGUGAACGUCACUUGCAGUUACUCGCGCUACGGUCGUCCUGUGGACCUGCAGUGGCAUCUCAAUGACAAAGAGGUGUCGAACCGGUACCUGGUGCACUACCCGAUGCAGCGGUUCGACUCCGGCCGCCAGGUGACGUCGCUGGGGCUCCGGUUCACAGUGAGGCCGAGCCACUUCGUGCACGACGAGAUGCGCAUCAAGUGCACGGCGACGCUUCAGAACGGCGGCAGGGGUCCGCCCUCCACGUCGUCCUCUACGCCGGGCGACGCGUACUCGGAGAAGGAGUUUGUGCUCGGCAGCAGCCAUCGGUCGUCGGGACUCCACGUCCCUGGACACUACGGCGCCGUUGCUGACUCAAGCAGCUCAUCCCGGCAAGCGUCCCUCUCCAUGCUACUCGGGUCCUCAGCGAUCGCGUUCUUCGUUAUGUGCAUUGUUCGAUGAGCUGCGUGAUCGUUACCGGCAAUUCUGUGGUGUCGUUCGCGCGUCGUUCGUUACGCCCUUUGACUCAAUUUGGUUGUCCUCCACGAUAAUCAAAGAUCAGCGCCCCACAUCUUUUUUCUUCACCAACCAACAUUAUAUGUGUCGUCGUUUUUUUUUUUUUUUGGGGGGGGGGGGGGCGACUCAGCAAUGAUGUAAAUAAUUCAGUGCCUUUAAUUCACGUCCUUAACUCAGAUUGUUGACAAAGGGAGCGUAUGAUAUGCGGCUCUUAUGCCGCUCAUGUUCGUGUGCGUAUGUGUGCUUGACCGAGGCGUGAUGAAGAAAAUGAAUGAAAAAAUUUAUGAAUGGACGACACAAUUGUUUAAACCUAUGUAUAUCGUGCGAUACUAAUGCUGUGGAAAUCCCAGAUGACAUAGCUUACUCUUAAUUACAUAUAUUCUGCAUACGAUGCUCGUUCGUGAGGGUCUAGUGGUGUGAUGUCUCAAUUCUUUUAAUACCCUUGUUGUUUAAAUAACAAACUAGUCCUUUUAUUAAAGGUAUGCUAUGUGGCUUUUUUUUCGUGAACUGUAUUUGUAAACAGACGCAGGGAACUUAUUCACAGAAUAUUCUCACUCAAAAACUCUUUGUAAAAGCAGAUACCCCACAAUGGUUGGAUCAAACAAUUCUUACGAGAAAAAAAAGGCUUUGUGAAGUUCGCGGCAUACCCUGCUUAAUCUUGUACAUAAAAUUGUUUCUAAGGUAUCCCUUUACAAGAAUAAGUGUAAAGUCAGAAUAUCUUAGGCUUCGUUGCCCUUUACUUCGAAUGAUUGCCGUACGACUGUGAGAUUUCACCAUAGAUAAGUUGCGUGCGUUGAAGCCUUACUGCUGAAACUCAGAAGGAACAAACUUCAUUUAAAGAUUGAAUGGCUGCGAACAAUAAUAAGAAACACGUGUUUGGGUGACUUGUGUGGGAAAAUACGUGAAAAGGGUAAAAUAAGAAUUUCCUGUGCACUAUAAGUUCGUGUGCACCUUAAUAGAGUGCUGUAAAAAUCAGUGUAUAUAGAUAAGAAGUUUUUGUUUAGCAAGAUUUACGGGGGUUUAGUAUGUCUGUACAAUGAGAGGCAUUAAAUCCCGCGCGAAACGUCACUAAAUUUUUCAUUCAGAAUAGCUGUGCUUGCUGCUUCUUGCAGUUACUUAUGGAC